AUGCCGCAUAUGAGUUACAACACGCAUAUUAAUUCUACUACUGAGUGCAAACCAGUGUCCAAAUUUAUCUUUAUCAAGACUAUGAAAACUGGAAGUAGUACCACAACAACUAUGCUGGUAAGAUAUGGUUUAAGGAACAAACUGAAAAUUGCACGUGACCAUGAAGAUAUUGAAUGUACUAACUGUUCAACAAUUGACUACAGUGUCACUCAUAGACGAUAUAUAAGGUCUUCGCUUGACAAUCUUGUAACGAAUGCUAAAUAUUUUACUAUAUUGCGGUCGCCAUAUUCACAGCUGCUAUCAGCUUUUCACUGGUUUAAUUUUACGCAGUUCAUAGGUAACAUUUCAUUUGAGAAGUUUAUUGAGCAUCCAGAGCGUUUUCAGAAUAGCACUGAAGUUCACCACCAACACAAGAAUGGACAGUUGUGGUAUUUGGAACCAAACUUCAAUAUGAACCAACUCGAUGAUGACACAUACAUACAACAAACAUUCAAACAACUGGAAGCGGAAAUGGAUUUAGUAAUGAUCACAGAAUACUAUGACGAGUCACUCAUAUUGCUCAAAAAAAUGUUGUGUUGGAAAUUCGACGAUUUGAUUUACCACAAGAAAAAGGUACAUAGUCCCAAAGAAGAAUUGAGUGAUUCAAUGAAGACGUCCAUUAGAAAAUGGAAUAAAGCAGACUUCCUUUUAUACGCAUAUUUUAAUCGUACAUUCUGGGAAAAAGUGAACAACUACGAUGGAGAUUUUCACAAAGAUUUAAGAGAGUUUCGAAACAAGCAGCAAAAGGUGACGAGUAAAUGUAAAGCCCAAAGAAAUAAUUUGUUAUGCAGACGUCUGUUUCUCGAUAGCUGGCCUAUCUACAAAUUAGCUUUAAAGGAACGAUGGGUACAGCAAAAUAAUUCGAAAGGUGGCCCUAACUAG